GCAGCCGCAGUUGAAGGUGUCCGAGUUCUCUGAAACAAAACACCUGUUAAAUUCACCGAGUGCCUCAUACACACAUCCGCUGGUCUGUUUUCACUGAGGUGGGCGGGGAAACCGGCCCGCGGGGAAAACACACCGGGUUUAUCCAGGAUGAUGAAAUUCUGAACGUUUGCCUCCUGCUUCCUAUAAAUAGAAUAGAAUAGCCCUUUAUUGUCAUUGUACAUCUAGAACGAAAAUGUAGAUGCGCCACAUCAACUGUGCAACAAUAUAAAACUACUAGUAGACAGUGGGAAUAAAUGGAAAUCAGGAGAGAAAUAUAUUGAUUAAAUUAAGAGAAAUGUAUAGAAAAAAUAAGAGAAAGGCGAACUUUGGAAAACAAAAUAGUUGCAAAGUGCUCUGAGAAAGUGCAAAGAAAAGACACGAAAAGUGCGUGUGUGAGUGGCCUGAGUAAUGAAGGUUAUAACUCAGUUACAUUUACUGACACUAAUUCCAUUAAAAACAUGAUUAAAAAUAUUAAACUGCACACAGAGCAACAAGAUAAGCUGAGCAAAGUUAACACACUGAUGCUCAGCUGGAUCAAAUUUUAUGGAAACUUUUAUAGAUGUAAGGAUUUAAAAUGUUUCCAGAAAGUCUCUCAUUAGAUGUUUUUGGUUGAUUUAAAGUCUGUGAUGUUGCUGUAGAGGCCGCUUUUCAAAAAUCUAAGUACUGAUCAAAAGUCUGUAUACACAAAUGUCCUACUGAUUUUAAAGCUGAGGUGGCCACAGCACAGCCGGAUUCUGUCAAACCAGCAACAAAACCUAACAUAAAGCCAGUCAGCUUGAAACCAGAUUCAUUUUGUGUUAAAACAAUAAUUCUACUAUAAAAUCAGCUUCAUGCUUCCUUUUAAUAUUCCGUGAUUCAUGACUGAACCUGAGGGUUUUUUUUAGGAAAUUAUGAGGGUGAAAUAAUGUGGAGAACACAUGAGCUCUAAUACAACAUGUGUGUAAUAGAUAUAUAACAGCUGGUUAUCUGGUUCAGACUAACAUCCUGCAGUUUCCUGUUACCAUCACCAUCAGUGACAUCUAUGGAAGUAAUGAGCUGAAUAUUUCUGAAUGAAAAGCGUUAUGAACGCUGCAGCUUAUAUACGUCUGUGACAUGGAGACAGUCGGAUUAGUGCGUUCAUGACAUUUUGUUUUUUGUCACCAUCAUUUCUCAGAAUGAUGACCUGCAGGUCCACGAGGAGCCACCAUGAGUCCGCCCAUCGUAUUUGACAGACAACCUUCUGAAAACAUGAUGUUUUACCAGAGGUCAGUUUCUCCUGAAGCAGAUUCUGGAGUCAGCUGUUUGUCUUUGAAGAGUAAUGAGUCAAAGGCUGAACCUCUCCUUUUUAAAGAAGGCUUUUGCUGUGCUGAGCACAGGAUCCAUCACAGAUCAUCUGAGGCUGAGUCUAAACUCAGCUGUUUGUCCUUGAAGAGCAACGAGUCAAAGUCUGACCCUCUGCUGUUUAAACCAGGAGUCUGCUGUCCUGAUCCCGGCCUGAGCGUGGACCAGCAGACCUCAGGAGCUCCUCAAGGCCGGUCUGCCCAGGAUCAUCAAACACACCUGGACUCCAUAUUUAUGCUGCUGGAGGACAACAUCAUCGCUUUUGUGAAGAGUGAGCUGAAAAAGAUACAGAAGGUUCUGAAUCCAGAUUACCCACAAUGCUUAGAGAGUCAAAGAGAGGUUGAUGAGUUGUUGGAGGGUGAGGAUGAAGAGGAGAGGAAGAGAAGUAGAGAAGCAUUUCUGAAGAUCACACUGCACUUCCUGAGGAGAAUGAAGAAGGAGAGGCUCGCUGACUGUUUGCAGUGCAAAUCUCCUUCCAUGUGCCAGCAGAAUCUCAAAUCUACUCUGAAAAAGAAGUUCCAGUGUGUGUUUGAGGGGAUCGCUAAAGCAGGAAAUCCAACCCUUUUGAAUCAGAUCUACACAGAGCUCCACAUCACAGAGGGAGGGACUGCAGAGGUCAAUGAUGAACAUGAGGUCAGACAGAUUGAAAAAAAUUCCAGAAAACCAGACAGACCAGAAGCAACAAUUAGACAAGAAGAUAUUUUUAAAGGCUUGCCUGGAAAAGAGGAACCAAAAAUAGUGCUGACAAAGGGAGUGGCUGGCAUUGGGAAAACAGUCUUAACACAGAAGUUCAUUCUGGACUGGGCUGAAGGCAAAGCCAACCAGGACAUUCAGUUCAUAUUUCCAUUCACUUUCAGAGAGCUGAAUGUGCUGAAAGAGGAAAAGUUCAGCUUGGUGGAACUUGUUCAUCACUUCUUUACUGAAACCAAAGAUGCAGGAAUCUGCAGGUUUGAAGACUUCCAGGUUGCGUUCAUCUUUGAUGGUCUGGAUGAGUGUCGACUUCCUCUGGACUUUAACAAUGCAGACAUCCUAACUGACCCUAGAAAGUCCACCUCAGUGGAAGUGCUGCUGACAAACCUUAUAAGAGGGAAACUGCUUCCUUCUGUUCACCUCUGGAUAACCACACGACCUGCAGCAGCCAAUCAGAUUCCUUCUGACUGUGUUAACAUUCUGACAGAGGUCAGAGGGUUCACUGACCCUCAGAAGGAACAGUACUUCAAGAAGAGGUUCCCAGAUGACAAGCUAGCAGAUAAAGUUCUCUCACAUAUAAAGACAUCACGAAGUAUUCACAUCAUGUGCCACAUCCCAGUCUUCUGCUGGAUCACUGCUACAGUUCUGGAGGAUGUGCUAAAAACCAGAGGGGGAGGAGAGCUGCCCAAGAACUUGACUGAGAUGUACAUUCACUUCCUGGUGGUUCAGACAAAACUGAGAAACAUUAAGUAUAAUCAAUAUAGUAAAUCUGAACCAGAUAAACACUGGAGUCCAGAGAGCAGGAAGAUGAUUGAGUCUCUGGGAAAACUGGCUUUUAAUGAGCUGCAGAAAGGAAACCUGAUGUUCUAUGAAUCAGACCUGACAGAGUGUGGCAUCGAUAUUAAAGAAGCCUCAGUGUACUCAGGAGUGUUCACACAGAUCUUUAGAGAGGAGAGAGGACUGUACCAGGACAAGGUGUUCUGCUUCGUCCAUCUUAGUGUUCAGGAGUUUCUGGCUGCUCUUCAUGUCCAUCUGACCUUUAUUAAGUCUGGUAUCAAUCUGAUGGAAGAACAACAAUCAACUUUCCAAAGAGAAAAAGGGUUUUACCAGUGUGGUGUGGAUAAGGCUUUAGAGAGUCCAAAUGGGCACCUGGACUUGUUUCUUCGAUUCCUUUUCGGUCUGUCACUGCAGAGCAAUCAGAUUCUCCUUCGAGGUCUGCUGACACAACCAGGAAGUGGCUCACAGACCAAAGAGGAAACUGUCCAGUACAUCAAGAUGAAGAUCGAGGAAAUCCCUUGUCCAGAGAAAAGCAUCAACCUGUUCCACUGUCUGAAUGAACUGAAUGAUCGUUCUCUAGUGGAAGAGAUCCAAAAGUCCCUGAGAUCGGGAAGUCUCUCCACAGAUAAACUAUCUUCUGCUCAGUGGUCAGCUCUGGUCUUCAUCUUACUGUCAUCAGAAGAAGAUCUAGAUGUGUUUGACCUGAAAAAAUACUCUGCUUCUGAGGUUGCAUUUCUGAGGCUGCUACCAGUGGUCAAGGCCUCUAAGAAAGCUCUACUGAGUGGCUGUAACCUUACAGAGCGAAGUUGUGACGCUCUGUCCACAAUUCUCAGCUCUCCAUCCUGUAGACUCAGAGAGCUGGACUUGAGUAACAACGACCUGCAGGACGAAGGAGUGAAGGCACUGUCCAGAGGUCUGGAAAGUCCAUAUUGCGCCCUGGAAACUCUUGGGUUGACAGGCUGCAUGAUCACGCAUGAAGGGUGCAUUGCUCUGGCCUCAGCUCUGAACUCCAACCCCUCCUCCCAUCUGAGAGAGGUGGACCUGUCCUACAAUCACCCUGGAGACACAGGAGUGAAACUUCUGGCUGCUGAGUUGAAUGAUCCACACUGGAGAAUAGAAAAUCUCAGAGCUGACCCAGUUGGAAUCGAGUGGUUAAAAUCAAGUCUGAGGAAGUAUUUCUGUGAAUUCACGCUGGACCCAAACACAGCUCACAAAUUCCUCAAAUUAUCCGAAAGCAACAAAAAAGUGACAGACCUGAGAAAGGAGCACCCGUAUCCUGACCACCCAGAGAGAUUUGAUUACUGGCCUCAGGUGCUGUGUGAAAAUGGUGUGACUGGUCGCUGUUACUGGGAGGUCGAGUGGGUUGGAAAGGUUUAUAUUGCAGUAAGCUACAGAGGGAUCGUAAGGAAUGGAGACAGUGAUGCCUCAAAAUUUGGAGGCAAUGAGCAGUCCUGGUGUCUGACCUGCACUGAUGGAGGGUAUAGCGCCUGGCACAACAACAGCGGGACUCCCAUUACAGUAACGUCAUUAUCUGAUGUCUCUAACAGAGUAGCAGUGUAUGUGGACUGUCCUGCUGGCACUCUGUCCUUCUACAGAGUCUCCUCUGACACUCUGAUCCACCUCCACACCUUCAACACCACUUUCACCGAAACUCUUUAUCCUGGGUUUGGUUAUGGGGUGAAGUUUAACUCAUCAGCCUUUCUGUGCACACUGUAGACCAGAAGCAUGGACAGAAAUCUUACUGGUUCCAUUAAUAAUAAUAAUAAUGAUAAUGCAUUGGAUUUAUAUAGCGCUUUUCAAGGCACCCAAAGCACUUUACAAUGACAUUAUUCAUUCACGCUCACAUUCACACACUGGUGG